CCGAAGCAUGCGGAGCCAUGGGCCAGGGCUGCGGACACUCCAUCCUCUGCCGGAGCCAGCCCUACCAGGCGACCACAUCUGACCUACGGGGCCAGCAGGUCGUCUUGAAGGCGGAGGACUCCGCGCCCGGCUCCGAGGCGCUACAGGACGCGCUGCUGAGCCUGGGAGCGGUGCUGGACGGCGCCGGCCUGCGCCAAGCCCUGCGCGAUGCUCUGCUCGCCCUGCUGCCCAGAGUGGAGCACGUCUACGUCUACCUGCUGGAGGGAGAGGGCCGCCUGACGUGCGACAACCCCCCCCAUGAGCUGCCUCCUGAUGGCAAGCUCAGGGAUGCAGUGCGGAGGCAGAAGCGGCUCGAGUGCGGGGGGCUGCCCCCCGCUGACCUCCCUGGGCAGCACCUGGGCCCCCUGGCAGCACCUCUGGCGCCCGGCACGCAAGUGCUCGCCGUGCCGUUGGUGGACAAGGACAGCGGGGCUGUGGUCUGCGUCAUCCUGGUGCACUGUGGCCCCUUGAGCGAUGCGGACGAGCAGAACCUGCGGGCUCUGGAGAGACACACCCUGGUGGCCUGUCGGCGCCUGCAGGCGCUGCAGAAGCUGCAGCCCUGGCCUCGCGUCAGCCUCUCCACCAGCUCCUCGCAGACCUCCCUGGCCAAGGCGGAGAAGGCGGCGAGCAGCAACUACAGCGAGCUGGACUGCAAGAUCCUGCAGCUGUGCGGAGAGCUCUACGACCUGGACGCCGCCUCGCUGCAGCUCAAGGUCAUCAACUAUCUGAAGCAGGAGACUCAGUCGCUGUGCUGCUGCCUGCUGCUGGUCUCGGAGGACAACCACCAGCUCUUCUGCCAGGUGGUGGGCGACCGUGUCCUCGAGGAGGAGAUCAGCUUCUCCCUCACCUUCGGGCGCCUGGGGCAGGUGGUGGAGGACAAGAAGCCCAUCACCCUGAAGGACAUCAGCGAGGAGGAGCUCAAGCAGCUGAACAACAUGCUGGGCUUCGAGGUCACCUCCAUGCUCUGUGUCCCUGUCAGCAGCCGGGCCACCGCACAGGUGGUGGCCCUGGCCUGUGCCUUCAACAAGCUGGGUGGUGAGAGCUACACGGAUGCRGACGAGCACAAGAUCCAGCACUGCUUCUGCUACACCUCCACGGUGCUCACCAGCACCUUGGCCUUCCAGAAGGAGCAGAAGCUCAAGUGUGAGUGCCAGGCCCUGCUGCAGGUGGCAAAGAACUUGUUCACGCACUUGGACGACGUGUCCGUUCUGCUCCAGGAGAUCAUCACGGAAGCCCGAAACCUCAGCAAUGCCGAGAUAUGYUCCGUGUUCCUGCUGGACCGGCUCAGCCACGAGCUCGUGGCCAAGGUGUUUGAUGGCGGCGUGGUAGACGACGAGAGCUACGAGAUCCGCAUCCCUGCAGACCAGGGCAUUGCUGGGCAUGUGGCAACCACUGGCAAGAUCCUUAACAUCAAGGAUGCCUAUUCCCACCCACUCUUCUACCGCGGUGUGGACGACAGCACYGGCUUCCGCACCAGGAACAUCCUCUGCUUCCCCAUCAAGAAUGAGAAUCAGGAGGUCAUUGGUGUUGCAGAGUUGGUCAACAAGAUCAACGGGCCUUGGUUCAGCAAGUUUGAUGAGGAUCUGGCCACCGCCUUCUCCAUCUACUGCGGCAUCAGCAUUGCCCAUUCCCUGCUCUACAAGAAGGUGAACGAGGCGCAGUACCGCAGCCACCUGGCCAACGAGAUGAUGAUGUACCACAUGAAGGUCUCGGACGAUGAAUACACCAAACUGCUCAGCGAGGGCAUCCAGCCCGUGUCRACCAUCGACCCCAACUUCGCCAGCUUCACCUACACGCCGCGCUCGCUGCCCGAGGACGACACCUCUAUGGCCAUCCUGAGCAUGCUGCAGGACAUGAACUUCAUCAACACCUACAAGAUGGACCGCCAGACGCUCACCCGGUUCUGCCUGAUGGUGAAGAAGGGCUAUCGGGACCCGCCGUACCACAACUGGAUGCACGCCUUYUCCGUCUCCCACUUCUGCUACCUGCUCUACAAGAACCUCGAGCUGGUCAACUACCUGGAGGACAUCGAGAUCUUCGCCCUGUUCAUCUCCUGCAUGUGCCACGACCUGGACCACAGAGGCACCAACAACUCCUUCCAGGUGGCCUCAAAGUCCGUCCUGGCAGCGCUGUACAGCUCAGAGGGUUCCGUCAUGGAGAGGCACCACUUUGCCCAGGCCAUCGCCAUCCUCAACAGCCAGGGCUGCAACAUCUUCGACCACUUCUCCCGCAAGGACUACCAGCGCAUGCUGGACCUCAUGAGGGACAUCAUCCUGGCCACGGACCUGGCCCACCACCUGCGCAUCUUCAAGGACCUCCAGAAAAUGGCAGAAGUUGGCUAUGACCCCAAGAACAAGCAGCACCACAGCCUGCUGCUCUGCCUGCUCAUGACGUCCUGCGACCUCUCGGAUCAGACCAAGGGCUGGAAGACCACCAGGAAGAUCGCGGAGCUUAUCUACAAGGAGUUCUUCUCCCAGGGAGAUCUGGAGAAGGCCAUGGGCAACCGCCCGCUGGAGAUGAUGGACCGGGAGAAAGCCUACAUCCCCGAGCUGCAGAUCAGCUUCAUGGAGCACAUCGCCAUGCCCAUCUACAAGCUGCUGCAGGAUCUCUUCCCCAAGGCGUCCGAGCUCUACGAGCGGGUGGCCAGCAACCGGGAGCAGUGGACCAAGGUGUCCCACAAAUUCACCAUCCGGGGGCUGCCCAGCAACAACUCCCUGGACUUCCUGGACGAGGAGUACGACCCGCAGGCCCUGGGCGCCCCGGGCACCCAGCUCAACGGCUGCCUGGAUGCCGAGGCGCUCCCGGAGUCGGGCGCCGAGUGA